CACGAGGCUAGGGUCGCAGUCAAGAUCACGAGCAAUCACCCUUGCAGCCUCAAGACACCAUCAUGUCGUCCGUCUCAAGAGGGGCAAGAGCAGUCGCUCGUCCCUUGAGGCAACACUUUCAACGCACCCCUCGAAGAUACGCCUCGGAUCAUGCUAGUCAUGGCCACGGCCACGGCGCUGGCCAUGGAGAAAGCGCAUUCCACGCCGAAUCAGGUCCCGCGACUGAGUCCUUUGGGAGGGGUUUCUACAUUUCGAUCGCUUCCAUCCCAAUCUUCUACGUCCUUUAUUCGGUGGCUUCGUCGCCCAAAGACAACGUUAUUUCACGGCUGAUUAAGACCUUCGAGACGAGUCAGGAGGAAGAGAGCAGAAAAAAUGUGAUCCAUACCACCAUGAUGGAACAAGCCGCUGCCGACAGACAACUGUUUGCAGGAAGUCCCCGUGACACCACCGGUUCACCCAUGCGAUACCCAGAGUAUGUUCACGACAGAGAGAAGCCCAGACACCUGCAAUGCAGUACCUUAGCAAAUUAACUAACUUUCGUGUCUCCAGGGCCUUCAAUGUCAGGUCGCCAUGGAACGUCGCCGCCGGGCGGGACUCAGUCGACUUGUCUGCAUUGACCGCUCAUUAUAAAGAGCAGGAUAGACUUCAAGAGGAGGCGAGGGUGUCUAGACUCAAAGACGGCAAGGUUGUGACCGCCUAUGAUUAAGAUAUACCGGAUAGGAAACGUGAAAAAUCCACAUUAUUGUACAUAGCCAAACGAAAGAGCAUGUGAAUCACAACCAGAAUACACUGUUUACUGCGCAACAUCUAUCUGAGGUUUGGAAUACCUUGUCAUACUCGAAAGUGAGCUACAAAUUCUGCUUGGGGCCUUGG